CACCACCGCAGCAGGAGUACUACCGCGAUCAUGUUAAUGCAAGAAGUUGUUCUCGGCAGCAUGAAUUAUUCCUUCCAAGAAGAGCAAAUGCUGGGCAGCUAUCAUCUUCAACUGCUGCGGAAGGGUCGCCACCCCCUGACGGCGAAGGGUACAAUGGUUACCGAGCUCCAGUAAAUGGCUACACGGGCUGCUAUCGAGACUCGUUCUUGUACUUAAGGCUUGUCCUAGUCGACCUAGUACUAGUUGGCCUCGAAAAGCAGCUUUGAUGAUCUGAUCUACAUCGGAUUAUUUGUUCAGUGGUAAGAACAACUCACGUCUUCAAAGAUGAAUGACUUUCUUCAAAGAUGACUCUCUUCAAAGAUGACUUACUUCAAGAGUAGCAGGUUCUAAUCUGCACUGUUUCGUCCGGUAGGAUGCGGCGAAGUCCCCCAGCGCGGCCGCCGCACGGACCUC